AUGGAUAAAACGGCACCUUCAUCGUCCUCUUCGCCGUCGGUGGAGCAAGCAGGCGAGCCUAUGAAGUAUAAAGGAGUUAGGAAACGGAAGUGGGGGAAAUAUGUAUCGGAAAUAAGGCUUCCGAAUAGCCGGGAAAGGAUUUGGUUAGGGUCAUAUGACACGGCCGAGAAGGCCGCCAGGGCAUUCGACGCCGCCCUCUUCUGCCUCCGUGGUCCACAAUCCAAGUUCAACUUCCCCGAUGAUCCGCCAAACAUUGAAGGUGGCAGUUCUCUCUCCCCGGAAGAAAUAAAAGAUGUUGCAAACCAAUAUGCGACUGGUCAUAGUGGUAAUAAUACUCAACAGCCAGAGAGUUCUGAUCCAAGAACCGGGUCCGAGGACUAUAUGAAUCCAUCAUUUUGGGACAUGCCAGAUUCAAAUGAAACUGGCCCGUGGAUGAACCUGGAAUCAGAAUUUGGGUUAUUUCCUGAUACAGUUGACUAUAUGCAACUACAUUUCACAGACGAGAACAAUGACAAUGACAUCGAGGAAGAUAUUUCUCAGCUUUGGAACUUUGACCAACGCUGA